GGCCGCUCCGGGAGCGGGUGGGCCGGGGUUCUGCGCACCGCUCGGCUUCGGGGCCGCGACGCCGCCGGGAGGAGGAGUUUGGGGACGCGGAGGGGUGUUCGGAGCGCCGGGGACCGAGGAGAUCGUCAGCGCGGUCCGGCCCCCCAUCCUGCCCGGCGCCGAUCGUCUCCGCUGCUCGGUCCCGGGCUGGGCGCGGUGGCGUUGCCCCGGAGCCCGCCGCCCGCGGGGCGCGCAGCGCCUUGACCCCGGCGGCCCCGCGGCAGGCAGGCGCCCGCAGUUCCAUGGUUGGUUCGGAGCGCGAUGAGCCGCCCGUCCUCCACCGGCCCCAGCGCUAACAAACCCUGCAGCAAGCAGCCGCCGCCGCAGCCACAGCACGCUCCGUCCCCGGCUGCGCCCCCGGCCGCCGCCACCAUCUCGGCUGCGGGCCCCGGCUCGUCCGCGGUGCCCGCCGCGGCGGCGGUGAUCUCGGGCCCCGGCGGCGGCGGCGGCGGCGGCGGCGGCGGGGCUGGCCCGGUGUCUCCGCAGCACCACGAGCUGACCUCGCUUUUCGAGUGCCCGGUUUGCUUUGACUAUGUCCUGCCCCCCAUCCUGCAGUGCCAGGCCGGGCACCUGGUGUGUAACCAAUGCCGCCAGAAGUUGAGCUGCUGCCCGACGUGCCGCGGCGCCCUGACGCCCAGCAUCAGGAACCUGGCUAUGGAGAAGGUGGCCUCGGCGGUUCUGUUUCCCUGCAAGUACGCGACCACGGGCUGUUCCCUGACCCUGCACCACACGGAGAAGCCGGAGCACGAAGACAUCUGUGAAUACCGGCCCUACUCGUGCCCUUGUCCCGGUGCUUCCUGCAAGUGGCAGGGGUCCCUGGAGGCCGUGAUGUCCCAUCUCAUGCACGCCCACAAGAGCAUCACCACCCUUCAGGGAGAAGACAUCGUCUUCCUGGCCACAGACAUUAACCUGCCAGGAGCUGUGGACUGGGUGAUGAUGCAGUCGUGUUUCGGCCAUCACUUCAUGCUGGUGCUGGAGAAGCAGGAGAAGUAUGAGGGCCACCAGCAGUUCUUCGCCAUCGUCCUGCUCAUCGGCACCCGCAAGCAGGCCGAGAACUUCGCCUACAGGCUGGAACUGAACGGGAACCGGAGGAGGCUGACCUGGGAGGCCACGCCCCGGUCCAUCCACGACGGCGUGUCCGCGGCCAUCAUGAACAGCGACUGCCUGGUGUUCGACACGGCCAUCGCGCAUCUUUUUGCAGAUAACGGGAACCUGGGCAUCAACGUGACUAUUUCUACAUGUUGUCCGUGACGCACCGACGUGAUUCGGGCGUGGCGCGCUCUGGUUAAUAAAGGUUUUUACAGGUGUUUUAUAUUCACAGUGUCUUCACAGGUCAGGACCCACAGCUUCCCCGUGUCCUGUCUGAACGGCAGCUUCCCAUCCGGCACUGGCCCAACGAAGUUCAUUAAACCGGGACAGAGGAGGCUGGCCGGUUAGUCGUUUGGAGGCCACCCUAUGAUCGGAAAUCAACUUGAUUAUUAAAUUUUACUUCCUUCCUGAACAGCACCUGACAGGUUGCGCGGGCUCCUCCAACACCAGGAUGUUUGUUAGGAAUUGGAGGCUCCCUCUUGCCUCCCUAUAUUGGUCCCUCCACGUUGACGAAAGCACAGUGACUGUAGCAGAGUCCUUAACUUUGCUUUUAUCUUGUGUUUAAGGAGGUAGCAAUUGUUUUACUACAUUUUAAACAGUGUUUCUCAAACCGGAUGGCUAACCAGGGUGCGUGGAAUCAAUGGAGUGCUUAUCUGAAACAUGCAGUUUGGGGAGCCUGCGAAUUUAACAAUCUCAUCAGGGGAUGCCUUCCAACAGUAAAGGUUGAGAAUUACUGGGUUAAAUUGUGGGAAAGGGUCCAGAUUUUAAAGGUGCUUUCCAAUUACCCUCUACUGAUUUGUCUGUCUUUCUACUAUUUCAUCCACACACACCCCCACUCCCAGAUUGAAACAACCACAGAUCCCCACGAACACAGUCCUGAGAUCUAGUCACUCUCUUGUGUUUGGGAGGGACUGCCUAGGAAAGCAAGAAGGGUAGCCAUUGAUAGCUCUCACGUAGUUAGUUUUUGCUCAUCACUAGUACAAAUGACCUGUGUACACCUGGCUUCCCUCAGAGGCCCUCCUUAACUUAGAUGGUGGGAAAGACUAGAUCAGCAGAGUUGGAAAAGCUUUAUAACCAGUGUCAUAUGCUUGCUAUUUAAAGGUAUGUGUUGGGUUUGGUUUGUUGGUUUUUUUUUUUUUUUCCACAUUCACUUUAGUUUUUUAAUAAAUAUUUUUCAAAAAUGAA